AUGUUAAUAGUGGAGAAAGCGCUUCCUAGAAAAGGUCCAUUGUCGCUGACACAGCUGGCCCGGAUGAAGUGCAUUCAAAAUGCGCAUUUGAUCAACGACAUAGGACAAGCUCCUUACCAUCUGGUGGAACCUAUUCUCAAGAAGAAGACAGCUAAGGCUCUGAGAGCCAUCGAGGAACAGUCUCCGCAGAUAGUUGCGCACGACGAUCCGCUCUGGCAGUGUCUGAUCCAACGCGAUUUUUCAGAACGCCCUUGUGAGCAGAUUACAAUCAAAAACGGGCGCAAGAUAAAAGUGCCCGCACGAGAGCUGUACGAAAAAUAUGCUCGCGAACGAGAGCUACAGCGUCGGACAGCCACGCAAAACCUUCGCCAGAUCACCAGAAACCUCACGUUGGAGCGCAACAAGAACAAAGUGAAGGCGGUUGAUCAUAUAGUCACGCCAAAAAGUAUCCGCAAGCCGAUCGUCGUCUCGCGACCCAAGAGCGUUCUGCUGCAACGCGCCAUGCAGCAAAACAAGAUGCGAGCGCAGUUUCUGAGCCAGAACGAUAGGAAGAAAUAG